CCGGAGCAAAAAUCACCUCUCCGACCAUGAAAUUUGGAUCUAUACCAUCCAAAUCCCUUCUCUUCCGCCUCUCUUCUUCCUCCACAACCCAAUCUCCCCGUCGAGCAAUUACCUUUCUCGUCACCAACAUUCACACCUCUCCAUUCUCCACCACCACCAGCUCCGGCUCCAAUUUCGUCUCCGGAUCCAGCCAUUCUCCUUCUCGUCGUCCUCAGCAAGACGAAGAAUCUCGAUCCGUUAGGGUUUCGGUCUGGUGGGACUUCCUGAGCUGUAACUUACCUGUAGGUGUCAAUGUCUUCAAAGUAGCGCAAUCAAUCACCGCCGCUAUAAGAAACAGCGGAAUCAAAGGUCCAAUCACAAUCACUGCCUUCGGUGACGUUUUACAGCUUCCCAGAUCAAACCAAGACGCUCUCUCCGCUACUGGAAUCAGUCUCACUCAUGUUCCUCACGGUGGUAAGAACAGUGCUGAUAGAUCUUUGAUCACAGAUCUUAUGUGUUGGGUUUCUCAGAAUCCACCACCAGCUCAUCUUUUGCUAAUCUCUAGUGAUAAGGAAUUCGCAAGUGUGUUGCAUAGAUUGAGGAUGAGCAAUUACAACAUUUUGCUUGCGAGUAAAUCAUCAGCUCCUGGUGUUUUGUGUAGUGCUGCUUCGAUUAUGUGGGAUUGGGAUGCUUUGAUUAAAGGAGAGUGUGUUAGUGGUAAGCAUUUUAAUCAGCCUCCUGAUGGUCCUUAUAACUCUUGGUAUGGUCACUAUAGGAUUCCUCUUCUUGAUCCAUUUGCUAUUGCUACCACUGCUGAGCAAUCUUCUAGUGUGAAAAUCGAAGAACUAUCCGAGUCUAGUUCGGAGUCUGUGAAUUCGAAUGCUGUUAAUCUUCGUCCUAUUCCAAAAGAAGUUGUUGACAAGAUUCGUUUGAUAUUGAGUUUCUAUCCCAAGGGGGUAGCCAUAACAGAACUACGUGCUGAGCUGAUUAAGUACAAUUUGACAAUUGAUAAAGAUUUCUAUGGACAUAAGAAGUUUUCGAAGUUUCUGUAUUCCAUGCCAGAUAUCUUACAGGUUACUACAGCAAGUGACGGCUUGUUUAUUAUUCGUGCUGUCACCGAAAAGAAUCCUCAUAUGCGACUUGAUUCUAGUCUUGGCUUGUCUACUGCUGUUGAUCAGAAGAUUAAAGAUAAGGAAACUGUUAAUGCUCCAUCUCCAAAACUAAUUAGUGAUUUAGAACUUGCUGCUGAAAGAAGAAGAGAUGGCUCACUUGGAAAGAAGCAGGAAAAUGUUAUGGGGAGUGACAAAAUUGUCAAAGAGGAAUCAUCAGAGAGUUCCCAAGAGGCAAUUCUGGUCGGCCAGAAGGACGUUAAGGCAAAUGAUAAACCCGUGGAGACGAAUCAAGUCGCUCUUGUUGCGUGGAGUGAUUCGUCCAUGGAAGAUGGCUUUUUUCAGAAGCUAAAAAGACUAUGGUAUGGUUCACCUGAGAUGGAAUCAGAGCAUCUCCCAGAAAAUAUGGAAUCAGAGCAUCUCCCAGAAAAGAAAAGUGUUUCUGGAAGUAAAGACAAACAUAAAGGGGAUAAGGACUUAAAGUCAUCGAUUCAGGGAACUGAUCCCAUGUCUCAAACCUCACCUUCCUUCGUUGCUGAGUCUGUCGAGGGGGUAAAAGUAGGAACUGAUGAAGUAGAUAGUAAAGAUAAUGAUGCAGGUCCAGGCUUUUUAGGUCGCCUUUUGAAUACUUUCAAGUUCUGGGGAAAGAACACGGCCUGUAGCAAAGAUUCCAAUGGGAAUCAGGAGCUGGUCAAUGUUGAUUCUCGAGUACACGACAUUUUUGCAGAAGAGUCUUUCUGGCGUGAUGUUGAAUCUUUCAUCAAUUCUCCAAGAGGCUUUGCUAUAGUAUCUCAUUCAAAGACAAGGGAGGUGAUGGCUAAAAAUCUGCAGGAGGAAGGGCCUUUGUGUCUCAGACAGCUCAGUGAAUCAAGCAUGCUUCAUUUAGUUAGCUUACUAAUAUCGCAUAAGAAAUGGAUUGAAGAAAACCCUUCUUCUUCUCUACCAUUCAGAAUCAUCAAAGGAUCUAGCCCUGGCCAGCGCCAUGCUUCAAACGGUUUGAGCUCAAUCUUCUCGGAUUCUUCAAAAUCACAGUCGCAGAAACAAAAUGGUGAUAAAAGGGGCAAAAACGUUGCUCAUGCUGGAGUUUCUGUUGGUUCUAUGGGCCGGAAAGAGCUGGAAAAAUACAAAAGUAAUGCAAUAGCGGAUUGUCAGAAGCUGAUAAAGAAGAUAACAGAGGAACACCCUGAAGGGUAUAGCCUGAUCCGUUUCAGGAAAGACUUCUUAGAGGAAUAUGGGUACCAUUUAGCGGUUGACAAGCUCGGUUACGAAAACCUACAGUCUCUAAUUCGAGUCAUGCAUGGAGUGAGAAUAGCAUCUGGAUACAUCCUUCCUUCAACUCCUUCACCAAAUGCCAAGUCAAAAGAAGAUGAUUCGGACUUGACAUUCGAAGAACUCGGUCCAGUUUCUGAUGCAACAACUACGCACCCGACGACCAAAAAGCUUCCAGUAUAUGAACCAUCACUCUCAGAGGAUGAAGAAGAUUCUGGUUCAGAGAGGGAUAGCCCGGAGAAGAAGAAGCAAGAGAUGGUUAGUAGAGAAGGUAAAGAGAGCUCGUUAUUGCAAAUCCUUGAUUCUUAUUACACAAACAAAGAUGGAGAAUUUAAGAAGGAGAAACCAGAGGAGAAGCUUGUAAGCAACGGUAGAAAGCAGAAGCCUACAAAGACAUAUUCUUUUGUUAAAGAUUCAGAAGUCUAGUGAGUCGUUGGUUGUUUACGGUUUAGUUAACAAUCUCCCGAGAAAUUGAGUUGUAAUUAGUGGAAGCCGGUUUCGGGUUUGGUCUAUGGUAAACCGAAUCCGGUUAAGGAGAAAUAAGAUCAAUUAUGGUUC